AUGGGUGGACCUCGCUUAGAAGUAGUCAAAUUUGGAUUCUAUGUGUUCUUUCCUGUAGGCGUCAUGCUCUACUUUGGUGGACCCGAAUUCUAUGAUAAUUAUGUAAAAGGCAUCAAGUUUUGGCCAGACAUCAAUACCACCUAUAAACCUCCUACCACUUCAGAAGAAGUCAGAAGCGCUUUGGAUAAAAUGAAAUCUGACAGAGAAGAUCGCUGGAGAAAGGCAUUACAAGAUAAAAAGAACAGCGAAGCAUCCUCCUCUUCAACAACAGAAUAA